CCAUCAUCAUCAUCUCACUGGACGCAUCUGCAGGCUGCAGGAGCAGAGCGAUAUGAGUUUACACGGAUACAUCCAAAGUUAGCUUUUCUUCUCUGCUCUCUGAAAAUCCUUCAAAUAGAGAUGAGGGAUUUUUGAGUGAAAGACAACUGGAGACCCCGGCUCAUUUUAAAUAUUACUUUAGUUACAUUCAGUCUGCUUGAAUUUAGUUCAUAAUGGGAUUACGCAAAUUUGGCACGCGUCUUUACGCAUAUGCGUGCGUCUGUUUUUUUGUUUUCAUUCUGCAACCUGCACAGUCUCAGAGUGAACCGGGGACACAACAAAGAGCAGCUCUCCGGCAGACGCUACAAUGGUCACACAAUGGCAAGAUUUUUAGCAUUUUGAGCCAGGGCUCGGAGUAUCAGCCCGCGAGGCGGAGAGGAGCGCCACAGGAGCAAGUGCACGCGCGACCUGUAACCAUCAUUCACGAUGGGGACACGAGACAUCCGGACACAUCGAGCCAGCAGCAGCAGCCUCCCCGGCCGGCGUCCAACCCGCACAGCUCCCGUGGCCUCCCGCCUCCGAUCCAACGGCUCGUCAGAGGGCACGAGCACCGCCAGCAUCAGCACGCGCGGCACAAUGAGACGAAGAGAAGAGCCAAUGAGACCCAGGAAAAGGUCACUGUCAGUCAGCCUCUGUCCCGGAGGGAGGACCAGAUGAUGGGUGACGAUCCCUACGACCCCUACAAAUCCACUGACAGUGAUAAUCCGUAUUACAAUUACUAUGACGUCUACGAGAGACCGAGGCCGAGAUCGAGACCCGGAUAUGGCACAAGGAAUCAUCAGUACGGUCUGCCUGAUCUGGUACCAGACGCAUACUACAUCCAAGCCUCUGCUUACGCCCAGAGAGUCCCAAUGUACAACCUGAGAUGUGCGGCUGAGGAAAACUGUCUGUCAAGCUCCGCCUAUAGAGCCGAUAUUAGAGACUACGACACCCGUAUGCUGCUGAGGUUUCCUCAGAGAGUGAAGAACCAGGGGACUGCAGAUUUUCUCCCCAGCAGGCCACGUUACUCCUGGGAGUGGCACAGUUGUCACCAGCACUUCCACAGCAUGGACGAGUUCAGCCACUACGAACUGCUGGAUGCCACCACUCAGCAUUCAGUGGCCGAGGGCCACAAGGCCAGCUUCUGUCUGGAGGACACAUCCUGUGACUAUGGCUACUACCGCAGAUUUGCCUGCACAGCGCAUACCCAGGGUCUGAGUCCAGGAUGUUAUGAUACCUACAACGCAGACAUCGACUGUCAGUGGAUCGACAUCACAGAUGUGAAACCUGGAAACUACGUCCUCAAGAUCAGUGUAAAUCCAAACUAUCACGUCCCAGAGAGUGACUACAGCAACAACGUUGUGCGCUGUGAUGUUCGCUACACUGGCAGCUACGCCUAUGUGUCUGGUUGUCACAUGUCACAGUAUUAAGACAUGACAGUCGUUCACAGCAUGUUCUGUGAAUGACAAUGAAGAGGACUUCAUUCGAAAGCGUAUACAAAAUAAUUAAAUAAAUCUUUAAUGAUUAGACAAACAUGUUAUAAUUUAAAAUACUAAAAAAAAAAAUAAUAAUACCAAUAAAAAAGUAGGAAUCAUCUGUUACAGUGCCAGAUAGUGUUUAACUUUUCUAUCUCGUGUGUGAAAGCAGUUUUUAUAUCCUUUCCUCUUCUUACUAAUAAGAAUAUUCCUCUCACAUAUCUCCUUUAUAUUGUUUAGUUUCCUACUUUGUUCCAUUGUACUGUAUGCCUCCAUUUUUCUCCCAGCAAAUUCAUGAAAAGUAGAAACCUUGACUAGCCGAACACCAGCUCUCCCUCAUUGUUACGUCAGUUGUAUCAGUAUUUUAAAGUAUUGAAAAUGUAUUUGUUAUAUUUAUAAGCAACAGGAGAAACUUGCUCUGCUCAAAUGCUUUGGUGCAAAUAAAAACGUUUGGAUAUUGAUAUUGUA